CCCAAUUCUUUUCUUUUCUCUCAUGGCCUCCGCUUCUUCUUCCCCAUGCCGUCGCCUCCUCCCUACUUCCUCGUCACCCUCCCUUGGCCUCUGCCCCGGCAUCGCACCCGCCACGCUGCAGCUCGAUCUCCCCUUCCGUUCUCGCUCCAUCCCUGCCAUGCCCGACGAUCCACCCGCCACGCCGUCCCCCGCUGCGGACGGAUCCCCUCCCCCCGCGGACGACUCUCGCCCGCGUCACUCCACCAAUGAACUCUAUCCCCGGAAAACUCGCUUGCCUCGUGCCUGUACCUCCCGUCCACCCUCCGCAGCCGCCUCUAGCCUCCCACCGCCGCCUGAGCGCCGCCUCACGCGCCGGGAGAAGGAGGAGCAGCAGAAGGCCGGGAGGGUGAUCACGCAGCUGGUCGAGCCUCCGUCACCACCGCAACUUCCCCGCUGGGAGCUCCGGUCCAUGUGGGAGCUUGCCUCCAUCCUCAACUUCCUUCAUGUUUUCAGACCUCUGCUGAACAUUGUUGCGGAGUUCUCAGCGGAGGAGCUCGAGACGGCGCUUUUGACGCCCAACAGCACUCUGGAUGACGUGCACAUGCCUCUCCUAAAGGUGAUUCCUCCAGUAACUCGCAUGGCUCUAGGGCGUGCAACUUGGAUUACUGUGCUCUGCCGAAAGUUAAGAGAUUGGUGGCACUGGGUUGCCGAUGGUGAGGUCCCAAUUGUUGCAUCUCACGGGACAGAGAUUGAGAAAUAUAAAAUGCUUCAGCCUAUGACAAGAGUGGUGAUUUUGAAGGCACUUUGUGACAUACGUGUUGAGCAAGAAGACAUUCGAACUUUUAUUGAUAAUUCUUUGAAAAAUGGCAUCCAACUUUCAACUUUUCGCAAAGAAAGGAUUGGUAGUGUUUCACAUGGGAUUUCCUAUUGGUAUGAAGAUGAUCCUAUUGUUGGUCAUAGAUUAUACCGUGAAAUUAGACGAGUUGAGACAAAAAACACCAGGGCAAAAAGAUCAUCAGCGACUCCCUCUACAUCUUUGCAGUGGGAAACUGUUGCAACUAACUUGGAUGAAUUUCAAGGAGUUUCUGAGAAGCUGUUUUCAAGUAAAAACAGAACGGAAGCCUCUCUUGGAAAGAAACUAAAAAUUGAUUGUCUGCCAGGGAUUGAGAAAAUUCAUAAAAAAAAGGAAAGAUUGUUCAAAAAGCAACACAGGGAAGCGAUCCUCCUUGAUAGCUUUGUGACUGCAGAUGGAAUUUCAUUAGGUCGCUCCCUUCGUGAUAGAAAACCUGUCACAUAUACAUUUGAUGACUAUGACCGCUCUAUCAGUGAAGCUAUUAAAAUCACCAAGAAAAGACAAUGCUCACCUGAAAAUGUUAGAAAAGUUGUUGCUGCGAGUCCUGAGUUAUAUGCAAAUGGUAAUUGGAAUGGACCUUCUCAAAUAGAUCCAACCGACAUUGAUGAUGCACAGUCCCCACAUUCAAAUGACAAAGAAGAAACUGAUGUUGACCAUCAGGAUGAGAAUCUCGACCGCAGGCAAAGAAAAAGACCUCAGAGAUAUUCAGAGAAAGAUUUUGUGAAUACCGUCUCAGAUAUUGAUGCAGAUUACGGCAGUGAUGAUGACAUAGUAGGGGAAGCAGUAUACGACGAUGAAUAUUUGAGAAGUAGAAAAAAGAGAAAGGCAUUGAGUGGUUCAGAGGGGGAUGAGGAAUAUCGUUGGGAGGAGGAAAAUGCUGAAGAUGAGGAAGAUGAGGAAGAAGAGGAAUAUUCUCUCAGUACGAGUGAAGAUAUGGAAGAGAAGUGGCAUAUUAAGAAGUUUCCAAGUCGAACUAGACGAGAAACAAAGUUGAGAUCGGUUGAUAAACUCCAGACAGGCCUAAGACGGAGCAAGAGAUCAAUGCGAUCGCAUAUAAAUUACCGACAGUAUGAGCAAUCUGAUACAGAUACUGAUUCAGCCAGACCAGCUGAUACAGAUACAGAUUCAGCCAGACCAGACAAUUCAAAUGCAACAGAUGAACAUUCUGAUGCAUCAGGCGAUCUAGAACUUUCAACGGCAAGUCAAGAUUCUGCUGAAGAAGGCAGCAAAGAAUUGGCAGAUAGAGAGAUGACUGUGGACCAUAUCGAGGAUGGACACAAUGAGCAGCAACAAGCAGUAGAAAAGAUGGAUAAUGACAGAGAGGAGUAUGGCCUCCAAAGACUAAGGUAUCUAGACCUUAACAAACUUGCCACCGGGACAAGUUUCGACGAAGGCCCAAGCACCAAAGAUGGAGAUGUGCAUGACUCCUAGGCCACAUGCUCGAUGAGCUGUGUGAUUGUUUGACUCCAUCCUCUCAACAUGCCGUUAAGCUAUCAGUGUGCAAAUCUGACGGUUGAAUUUAUGACUGUCAAUUCUCACAAGAUAAAGAAUGACAGUUGAGACAGACUUAUUAGCAAUCUCAGUUUUCUAAUUCACGGUUCGGAGAUCAGGCACCACUCGCCUUGGAUGUGAAGUACAGCUCAUUGGACCCUGUUCGACAUGUUUCAUGUGCAGUAUCCGUAAGCAGAUGAGCUCUCAGUAAUUGUUGCUUUUUCCUCUACGUAGAGGCACGACCCUUAUAAACCUUAGCUUAGAGGGUAUACCCAUGUAGCAAUUUUAGCGAGAGUCGAUAUUGAGUAAUUUUCAAGCUUUGUUCAUGUCUUGAUUAAUUCUACGGCCUGUUGAGCCAAUGAGCAACGUUGUUUCCAUAAAUGACAUGAUCGAUUUUCUGUUGAAUAGUUAUUUCCAUAAAUUGUGCUAA